UUAGUUCCUACUCCUCUGGAAGAUACCUUUUUGUCACCAACCAAAAUGAGUUUUUUAAACAACAGAGAAUUCAUUUGUAACGUGUCUUACAAAUUGGACCCAGCCGGAUUUAUAAUGGCGCGCGUUACCCACAAAACUGAGAUUAAAGCCUACGAUAAUGAAACUUCAGGAAAAGUUUUCCUUAUUUACUUGCAGGAUGAAACUGGUGAAAUAAUUGCCACUGUUUUCAACGACUUGUGCAAUACUUUCUUCAACCAAAUUGAAACUGAUCAAGUCUACAUAUUCGAGCAUUUUGAGGUGAACGACGCAAAAAAGGAAUACAUUUUAGUGCCUCAUCCUUUCACUAUAAACUUUUUGAAAUGUACCAAGGCAUUCCCUAUUGGACCCAUUAUCAACUCCAUUCCUGGAACAACUUACAAUCUGAAAAGCAUUUCGGAGAUUUAUGAAAAGCCUAAAGGCGACGCUGUUGAUACCAUUGGAAUUUGCACCGAGGUCGGCGAAUUGAUCGUCGUUGGGGACUAUCAUAUCCGUGAAAUUGAACUAAUGGACUAUGACGAUUAUGAUGGAGUGAUUAUUUUGACCUUAUGGAAUGAGGCGGCCAAAGAAUUUAACGGUAAAAAGAACGAUGUCAUUUUGGUUAAAGGGGCUCGUAUUAAGGAGCACAAUGAGGUGAAGAAAAUAAACUUGGAUUGGUACGCUAAAAUGAAAAUAAAUCCAAACUUACCAGAAGCCAAAAGUCUUAUAGAGUGGUAUAAUCAUUUAUAAAUAAAACAAGCUAAACAAAUACAUUUCUGUUGAAACAAACGAUAUUUAAUUGUCGAAAAAUACUUGUAAUACAAACAAUAAAUAAAUAGUAAAAAGAAUUAA